AUGAGUAUCGAAGUCAGCGCUCUGCCCUCUCCCACAGGGCCUUUCAGCCCACGACACAACAACAUGAGCGGCCCUUCAUUUGAGAUGGGGCGAAGCAUGGACACUUGCAGCUCCAGCAAAGCGUCCAUGACUUCACGGUUCCGAGAUCUGGUCAGGUUCUUAUCUUCUGUAUCUGGAGAUCUGAGCAACGUCACUGCGCCGCCCUUCUUUCUGGCGCCCUCGUCCGUCGUCGAGGUGGGCCACUGCUGGUCUCAAAGGCCAGGCGUAUUUGCUGCGCCGGCGCUUGAGCCCGACCCGGCCAGGCGCGGCCUGCUCGUGCUGCGCAUGAUUCUCAUCGCCAUGCGCAGCCAGUUCUACGUGGCAGGCUCGCCCACCGUGAGCAUUAAGAAGCCCCUGAACGCUUUCCUCGGCGAGCUGUUCAUGGCGUCCAGCGGCAAACUGGCCUCGACACGGCUGGUAGCAGAACAGGUCAGCCAUCACCCUCCCAUCACGGCCAUGGCGAUCAUCGACGACGAGAAUGGGAUCCGAGCCGACGGCUACGCCCGUGUGGAGAUGACCUUUAGCUCCAGCGUGGACAUCAAGCAGGUUGGACACGCCAUCCUCUCCAUCGACAGGUACGACGACGAGAAGUACCUGAUCCCCCUGCCUGACGUCAAGGUCCGGGGCUUCCUCUCCGGGCGGCUGUACCCAGAAGUGCUGGGCACCUACACCAUUGUCUCCAGCUCGGGCUACGUGAGCGAGAUGACCUUCAGCGGGGCGGGCGUGUUCAGGGGCAAGAAGAACUCCUUCCAGGCGAGGAUGUACCGCAAGGACGACCCGAAGAAGACGCCCAUCUACGAGGUUGAGGGCUGCUGGAGCGAAGGGUGGACGGUCAAGGACAGCAGGACGGGCGAGGUGCUGGAGAAGUACGACGUCGACGCCGUCGAGAACAGGCCUGCGCCCAUGCACGUCGCUCCCAUCGAGAAACAAGACCCGUGGGAGUCCAGGAGGGCCUGGGCUGGGGUCGUGGACGCGCUGGACCGUGGCGAGUUCCGCGACGUGGUGGCGGAGAAGUCGAAGCUGGAGCAGGCCCAGAGGCGCAUGCGGGCGGAGGAGAGGAGGACGGGGACGAGCUUCGAGCCGCUGCUCUUCAGGAGCUGCAGGGGCGAGGAGCACGCGAUUUUUCACCAGCUGGCCGAGGGAACCAGCUGGCAGCUCGACGACGACAAGACGAAGGGGGUGUGGCGGGUGGAUGACGACAAGGUGGCCGGCGCACCGAGGCCGUUUAGGGGAGGUCUCACGCCCUUGGGCUAG